AUGGUGGGAUUGAGGACUGCAGAGGAAUCGCCGGGAGUGGCCGAUGAUCCCCAUAUGCUCCGUAUAGCUGUGAUCGAUCUUGAGAACGAGGGAUCAUUGCUUAGUCAGUACUCUGAGUCUUUGACAACUGCACUGACCGAGGGCUCAAUGCCUUCGUAUGAUGUCAAGAUUACUAAGCAGAGGUUGAACACUAUCACUACUCUCCUCGAGGCAUUACAGUUAGCCAAUCGACGGCGGCGGCAUGGGAAGAAGUUUAGCUUUCGUCAAAAGCCAAUACCGGACGAUCAAUGGGAUGCCUGUCAUAGUGUCGAGUCGGCGGCCAUAAAUCGGCCCAACACAGGGCCUGUAUCUCUGCACUCGUCUGCUAAUAUUAUCGCCUCUCGUGAGGGUGAUAGCUUUGAUAUUGAGGUCAGCAGUAGUUCUGAGGUCUACACCUUGGAAGAACUCACCAACUGUACAGUGCGCUUCAGCGGCCAGUCGUCUGGGAAUCUACCGGCAGCUAUAUACAUCCAUGGAGUGCGCAAGAGUUUGGUAUCGGUGACUUCUGAGGGCAUCUCUCCCGAUACCCCUGUCGGUCCAGUACUCCUCUGCUACGACUGUCGUGAUUCCAUCAUACAGCUAUCAGGGUGUGUAGCUCGGCAACUUAGGAUCCAUACUAGCCAUGGGAUGCUCAUCUACGCCAACGCUACUGCCACACCCAUCAUUGAGGACUGUACCAGGAUAGCGAUUGGGCGAAGCUUCGAUGUCCCUCAGUCUCCUGUCACCGUAGCCGACUUCUCUUAUCUCCAAGCAGAUGGGGUGUCCCCUAACUGGAGGCCAAUACCAGAUCAGAGCUAUACCCGUCGGGGCGAAUGGGAUGGUCACACUCCUCCACCCGAGCUGAUUGGCCUCUUUGUAUGA